AUGCAGCAAGGAAUCACCCUUCACUAUUUCGAUAUGUUUGGACGUGGAGAGCCUCUCACCCCCCCCCCCUUUAAAUUGGAACUAAAAAUUUUGUUCCAAUUUAAAGGGGGGUUAACUUGUUUUUUUAAAAAAAAAUAUCAAUAUAAAAAUUUUUUAUAAAAAAAAAUUAUAUAUAAAAAAAUUUAAAAAAAAAAUUCAAAAGCAUAUCGAAUUAGAUUAAUAAAUUUGUUUAAUAAAAUGCUAUUUACUCUUUAUCCUUUAAAACAAAGCAAGAUAUAACUAAAUUUUUAUUAUUAGUUAAUACGCCACUAUUAAUUGGUAUCAAAAUUAUUUACACAAAAAAUUAUUAUUUUAAUUGAUAAAAAAAAAUUAAAAAAAAAAAAAUUUAGAAAAUUUAUCGAUCAAAGUGCUAAUUUUGUUUAAAUAAGCUGCUAUUUAUACUCUAUUCUUUAAAAUAAAGCAAGAAAUAAGUAAAUUUUGAAAUUUUAUAAAGAAUUCCUAUUGAAUUUUAUAUCAAAACUAUCCAAAUAAAAAAAUAUCAUUUUUAUCAAAAAAAACAAAAUUGUUUUGAAAAUUUUUAAAAAAAUAAAAUUUUAAUUGUUUUUUAAAAUUUACAAUCAAGGAUAAUAAAUUUAUUUAAAUAAGAUGCCCUUUAUACUUUGUUUCUUUAAAAAAGAGCAAGAUAUAACUAAAUUUUUAAUUUUAGUUAAGAAGAAACAUUUAACUUAUAUCAAAACCUUUUAGAUAAAAAAUUAUAUAUAAUUUUUUAUUAUAAAAUUAAAUUUUGUUCCAAUUUAAAGGGGGGUUAAUUUACCAAAAAAGUGGAAAUUUUACCGAUAUUCUGUUCCAAUUUUAAGGGGGGGGAGUCAGAAUGAUGCUGAAAUACCACAACACUCCUUUUGUAGACCACCGUCUAACUCAGCAAGAAUGGAACCAAAUGAUGAGUCAAGGGUUUUCAGAGUUCGACAUGCUCCCCUGUCUAGAUAUUGAUGGGAUGAGAUUGACUGAACCUUGUGCAACUUAUAAAUAUGUAGCCCAAAAGCUUAAUUACUACCCAAAUCCUACAAACCUUGUUGACUGCUAUAUGGUAGAUUCUGUAUCCAAUUACAGAGAACAUGUCAGAGACAUCUUUAAAGAGUGCUACAAGAACAGAGAUAUGGAAGGAAUUGAGAGAUUGAUGAAUGAAAAAAUGCCCACUAUUUUGAGAAAAAUCGAAGCCAGGCUCAAUAGAGUCCAAAACGGAAAUAGAUUCUUCAUGGGAAACAAUGUGACUUUAGCUGAUUUCAUGAUCUUUGACAUGGUUUAUAACUAUAUGAUGUGCCCAGGAAGGGCAGAGAGAUAUGGAAACCUUAUCAACCAAAACGCUCCUAAGCUUGCUCAAUGGUGCCAAAGAAUGAUAAACUCUUCAGAGACCUUUAAAGAGUACUUGGAGACGAGACCAGUAAAAGAGAUGUAA